CAAUAAAAACAGGUGCCUGAAUGACGUCGUCUUGACAACUAAUACAACAAUCGAUAGAUGGCGCUGAAAGAAUUUGUUGCUGAAACUUGAAGGAAACAUGGCUGAAAGUCUGAGAACGUCCGGAGUUAGACAACGUUUAAUUCAACCAGAAAAUGAAGAUCCUGAUUGGGAUCCAUCGUUACCUUAUGGAGGAAAAGUUUAUUUAGCCAGAAAAAAGAAGCCGGAUCCGCUCUAUGUUAGAAUUAUUGAGGCAAUGGUUGUGAUUGGAACUUUAAUGUUUGCACUGUAUGCAUACUAUUAUUUCGAUCAUCUGCAUUUCCACGUCACUUAUGCAUAUGGAUGGCUGGGUUAUCCACAAGCUGAACAUCAAGUCGGACAACGAUAUCUUCAUGGGAAAGGUGUAGAAAAACACGAAGGCAAAGCUAUGGAAUGGUUUAAAAAGGCUUCGGACCAAGGACAUCCACAUGCAUCUUAUAAUUUAGCUAUUGGUCACAUGAAGGGCUACAAAACUGGACUGAAACCAGGAGAAUCACACCAGCUUAUAGCACACGCAGCAUCAAAGGGGGUAAAGGAGGCCCACAGGGUUUUGAAUGAAGUUUGUGCACGAGGAGGAUGUAAACAUUAGAGUAUACAAUGUUUGUUAUACAGCUAUGCAAGAGAGCGGAUAAAUCGACUUUCAUAAAUAUUUAAUCAUCUGAACACUCGGCUAGGUUAACUGAAUUA